AGCGUAGAGAUUUCACUGUGGAAACAGAUGAAUCAACCGUUGUCCUGGGGAAUCCUAAGCAGCCUCAACACAUCACCAAAACUGGCAGCACUAACUGUGCCAAAGGUAGAGGAGGAGCUGAGUGCCUUCACUGUGUGGUCAUUUGUGGGCUCACUGCAGCACAUCUGGCUGUCAAGCUGUUCCCAGGGUGAGCUAUGGUGACUGUUUGUCUCCUCUAAGAGUCAUUUUUUCCACCUCAGCAGUGAAGAGAUUGAAGUGUUGGUGCAGAGAACACUUGGUGAGAGGCGGCGCUGCAAAGUCUGCUGACAGAGCUGCCUGGAGGUGGAAAGUCUGAUUCUUUGGGGAGCUCUUUUACCACUCUCCUAAAACGUCUGAGCUUUUCUUACCCAAGGUUAAUAUAAGUGUAGCCUUAGUGCAUUUAUAAUUGUGAUAAAGCUUACUAGUGCCAUUUCUAUAGUUAGGUGGUGGGAUGGGAAUGCAAGUACUGUUUAUCCACUGGAUGGUGCUGUUGUUCUAUGCAAACAGCAGAGGUCCUGAAUGGCUACAAGUCAAAAGCUCAGGUGCUGUUUUAAUUUAGCAAGGCUUAGGAAGAUGUGCACAAUCUUUUUUUCCUCUUUAGCAAAUUCCUGAUGAAUCUUGUAUGUUUUGAUCUGCCUUUUAUCUGGAAUCCUGGGUCUGGCUGAACUUAAUUACUAAAUAUGGGUAAAGUCAUAUUUUCACUGGUUCCCACCCAGCCUGUUUCGAUUCUGAGUAAUUCAUCCUCACUGGGACCAGAUUAUUAUUUUUAGUGUCAAUCUUUCCUCAGUCCUUCAGUUCCCAAGAGCUCAGCUUUGUUUCAUCUGCACGAUGAGUAUUUGUUGGCUCAAUGAAAUACACUAAGUUAGCUAACAGUCACUGGAAUAGAAGUUGGUUGUCAAACUUGUGUCUGAAGGAAGAAGACUUCUGUUUCACUGCAUGAAAAUUGUAGGUUAGGUGUUGCCAGUUAUUCCUCCUGUGUGGGCUGGGUUUCCUUGACCUGCAGCAAAGGAUUCCUGUGUCAUAUCCGCUGUCCUUGUGGUAGGAUAAAGCCACAUGGCAUUAAUGAGGAAGCAGAAUAGUAGGGCAUGUGAAUCCCAGUCACCCUGAAGCAGGGGAAAUGGCAUUCCAAAGGCUUGUUUCUUGGGGGAGAUUGUAUCUUUCAGCCUUGUAUAUUCGAUUAUAUAUUGUAUUGAUUGUAUAUUCAGGCUGCCUUAGUCCUUCUUCCCUCUUGUGUGUAGACCAUGCCAAUUGCAACCGCCCUACCACUGCACUGUUAAAUUGACAGUGCUGUGAGUGGGAUAAUGAGACACAUCCCUAAAAUGUCCUGAGGAAAUUGCACGCUGUCCCAUACAACCCUGUUGUCUUCUAUAAUCUGUCAGCACAGUGGGGGUGGAGAAAUUGCUGUGUGGUUUUACACCUCAUUCAGUCAACUGUAGGAUCCCUGGUGCUGCCCCUGAGGUCUUCAGGAGACUUUGGCUGCAAGCAUUCUCCCCUAUAUCUGUUCUUACAAACAUCCACAUUGGAGAGCAAAAUGAUGGCAGGAAGUCUGAUGUAGUGGGAAUAUAACUUAAACAGAGAUAAAUUUCUGUGUGAUACAAGGACAUAAAGGAAAACCCUGCACCAUAGGUUUGUGCACCUCUAGGAAGAGCCUUCUGGGAAGCACCCAGCACAGGAAUAUUCUACCUGGGAUGUGAUGCAGCAGCGUGAUGUGAAGAUCCUACAGGUGGCGGUGUCAGCCGUGCUGCCCCUCCAGAGACAAAGUGUGUGUUGUUGGAGCAUGGCUGAUCUGUUCUUCCAAGCAAAGGUCAGGUUUCAGUAUCAACUGAAGGAAACACAAGAACCUAAUUUAGAUGAAUUUAUUGGGAAGAAACACAGUUACUGCUGAUGUGGCUAUAGGGACUCCUUGCAGAUGUUCUUUGCUGGGAUGCACGGUUGGGACAAGCAAUGUGGUGGAUUUGCAACGAGUCCAGCUCUGAUCUGCAGCAAAGCACUCCAAGGGUAAAAUGGAUGCUUGUGUCAUCAUCAGCUUUUGAGGACAGGGAUUGCUUUUGGAUCGGAGCUACAGUCACUGCAAGAAGAAGAAACCAAAGAUUUGUUUGUGUUUAUGCUUUGAAUCUUUCCUGAUCCCUCAGUAUGGCAGCUCUUGUAAUUCACACCAAUGCUCCCAGUGAUGCCUCCACCGGAUUAGAGGUAAAGGAUUUCCUUUUUCUUGCACCAGACUAACCUUAUAGAGGGAAAUAGAGGAGACCUUUCUUGUCUGUAAGUAGAAAGCGUUUCUUUCCUUAGUUUGGGUAGCAUUAAGUUUAAAAUGAUAGGAACGGUGUAGAACUGCUGUCUUGUCUGAGAAACUCGAACUGUGUGCAGAGAUUCAGGGAACGUUAGGAGGGAGGGUGUGAACACUUGCAGGAAAUCCAGAGAGGAGACCAGCCCACUGGUUCAAUACACCUGGAAAUAACUGCAUAGGGCACACCUCUGGGCAGCAGCAGCAGAGCUUCCACCUCUCCUGGGCCUCUCGCUAUGGGGUUUUUAAUCAGAAGGCUUCCUAAGGAUCCCAGAAUAUUCCGUUGGCUCCUUAUUUUAACAGUCUUUUCCCUCAUCAUUACUAGUUUUAGCUCCUUGUUUGGCACGGAUAAAGGCAUUUUCAGGCAGCUCAAGGUUUACCAAAGCAUCUCACGUAUGCUAAAAGUGGACGCCCAAGAUCAUCAAGGUUCAGGCUAUUCUGCUAAUGGGAGAACUUCAAAGGUUGGUUUGGAGAUAAAUGCUACGUGGCUCGAACUGAAUACUACAGUGAGUACACCAAGUUGGGAAGGAAAGGAAAGGCAGAAGAAAACAACAAAACCAGUUGCCGGGGUGGAAGAAGCCAAGAAGGUGACUGUGAAACCGUUCCCUGAGGUGGUGGAAAUCAAGAAUAUGACAGCAUUAACAGCCUCUGUGGAGGAGAGAACAAAGGAGAAAACAGCAACAAGACCAGUACCAUGGGUAGAAGAAGCUGAUGGAAAGAGAGCAAUGACACCACUUCCCAGGAUGAAGGGAGACAAAGAGAAGGUGACUGUGAAACCAUCCUUUGAGAUGAAGGUGGCUCACACAAACGUCACAUCCAAAGACAAACCAAAGGCAGAACUGCCUCCUGCAUCAGUGAAAAGCAUAAGACCUGUGACUCAGACUGCCACAGUGACAGAAAAGAAGAAACUGAGGGCUACUGACUUCAAGACUGAGCCACAGUGGGAUUUUGAUGAUGAGUAUCUACUGGAUAGCUCAUCUCCAGCAUCGACCUGCCCUGAAUCAGUGAGAGCCAAGGCUGCCAAGUCUGAAUGGCUACGAGAUCUUUUCCUGCCAAACAUCACACUCUUCAUAGACAAGAGUUACUUCAAUAUCAGUGAGUGGGACCGCCUGGAGCAUUUUGCACCUCCCUAUGGCUUCAUGGAGCUGAAUUACUCACUGGUAGAAGAAGUCAUGUCACGGCUGCCCAUAAAUCCCCACCAGCAGCUGCUCCUGGCCAACAGCAGCAGCAACGUGUCAACGUGCAUCAGCUGUGCUGUUGUGGGGAAUGGAGGGAUACUGAAUAACUCUGGAAUGGGCCAGGAGAUCGACUCCCAUGACUAUGUGUUCCGGGUGAGCGGGGCUGUAAUCAAAGGUUACGAAAAGGAUGUGGGAACAAAAACCUCCUUCUAUGGAUUCACUGCGUUCUCACUUGUGUCCUCACUCCAGAACUUGGGACGCAAAGGAUUCAAAAAUAUCCCACAGGGGAAGCAUAUCAGAUACAUUCAUUUCCUGGAGGCAGUUAGAGACUAUGAGUGGCUGAAGGCUCUUCUGCUGAACAAGAAUAUCAAGAAAGGAUUCCUGAACCACUAUGGGCAAAGGCCCCGGGAGAGAUUCGAUGAAGAUUUCACAAUGAAUAAGUACCUGGUAACUCACCCUGAUUUCCUCAGAUACUUGAAAAACAGGUUCUUAAAGUCUAAGAAUCUGCAGAAGCGCUACUGGAGGCUGUACAGACCCACAACUGGAGCCCUCCUGCUGCUGACUGCCCUGCAUCUCUGUGACCGGGUGAGUGCCUAUGGCUACAUCACAGAAGGUCACCAGAAGUACUCGGAUCACUACUAUGACAAGGAGUGGAAACGCCUGGUCUUCUACAUUAACCAUGACUUCAACUUGGAGAAGCAGGUGUGGAAAAGGCUCCAUGAUGAGAACAUCAUUAAGCUCUACCAGAGAACCUGACUGUGUGGGCAAGGGCCAUUGCCUGGGAAAUCUCAACAGCACCUCAUGGGGAAUAGAAGAGGACCUUGGAAUCCAGCUCUGGGCUUCCAGGCCCAGCUUCAGCUCCACAGAGAUAUUUCCUUCCUUUGGUAUCUUUAUUUUCUCACAGCACUUCCUAAAACGUGCAUAUUCUACAGACCAAGAGCAGAGCAAAGUGCCUCCAAACAAACCCCAUCUGUCUUGUGGAUGGUUGUAGGCUUUGGUGCUGGGAAAGAGGAAUCCAGGAUGAAUCUGAAUAGCAGAUAUUCCAGUGCCCGGUAUCUUAAUCGGGUUCUCCCUCUGCAAGGAGAUGGUCUUGGGACUGGGGCUAGUUCUGCUCUAGGUGGGUUCUCUCUGUGAGUAGUGCUCUGUGUGGAGCUGGGUGUUUUGGGUAAGCAGUGGACAGAAAUGGGGACAUACACAAUCCUGUCUCAAGGGGAUGAUUUGUGUCCUGGAGGUGCUGCUGUCCCUCUGCUCACUGCAGGCAUAAAGGAAGGACUGAACACUUCCAAAUGAAUCUCAGUUCCCAAUGUGACUUUGCUGUGACACCUCCUGGGGAGCACUGUGAUGUCUGGUGCCCAGCCUGCUGCCCUCAGCCUACCUCACCAUCAGCACAAGGGAUGGGGAGAGCUCUCCGUAAUGCAGCAGGAUGCUGAACAUUGUGUCUCUUGCUGUGGCUGCAGACCUCAUGUGAUGAGUGUGGUGAAGAAGCUGAUGUUUGGCUGUGGCAGGAGCGUGGUGCUUCCUCUCCUACCAGGAGAAAUGUGAAUUCUCAGUGUCCAGGGAUGGAUGCUGUCUGUCCUCACUGCUGGCUGUGCUGAGAAAAGCACUGUUACAUUCAGCAGGCCUUUGGUGUGCUGGCCUUCUGAGUGGGCUUUUGCAGGCAAAAUAAACAGCACUGCUUUACCCAGCUGAUUUCCA